UCCUCUUUACACUCGGUCACUCCCUCCCAACAGCUGCUGCUCCCUGUUAGCAGCCACACUAGUGACAGAGCGGACAUCUAAAACGACAACUUUACACAUUUAUUUCUCGUUAGCUGUCCACCCAGUAGCAGUCUUUACAUGGACUAUAAGUUUAUCACGGCAAAGCGAGCUGAAUUAUUAAGUGUUUUGCCCGGUCGCGGAACGGCUGUAGCAGGCUAAUCUGUAUUUGCUAGCGCGGUGUUUGCUUAUGAUCAGACUGACGGUUUAAACGCUAUCUCUACAUUCAUAAACAUACAAACAUGGAGUUUAACGUUAGACGGCUGGCAGCUGAUGCUGGCACUUUCCUCAGUCGUGCUGUCCAGUUCACAGAAGAGAAGCUCGGGCAAGCAGAAAGAACUGAACUGGAUGCCCACCUGGAGACCCUUUUGAACCGGGCCGAAUCUACUAAACACUGGACAGAGAAGAUCAUGAAACAGACAGAGGUUGUGCUUCAGCCUAACCCUAAUGUCAGGAUGGAGGAUUUCCUUUACGAGAUUCUGGACAAAAAAGUCCCAACACGUGCCAACAACCACGAGUUACUGGGGGAGUGCAUGAUCGACUCGGGGCACGAGUUCGGACCUGGAACGGCAUACGGAAGUGCUCUCAUAAAAUGUGGGGAAACUGAGAAGCUGUUAGGCAGCUCACAGAAAGAAUUCAUCCAGAGCUCUGCUAUCAAUUUUCUGACUCCCUUUAGGAACUUCAUCGAGGGCGAUUUUAAAACCAUAUUGAAAGAGCGUAAACUUCUUCAAAAUAAACGUCUGGAUUUGGAUGCAGCCAAAAACAGAAUGAAGAAGGCCAGAGCGGCUGAUGCUCGCGCUGUAAAUCUGAACUCAACCCCUCCAUUGGGAGAGGAGUAUGUGGCUCACUUUUCUUACAUGCUCAGCUUCUUGCAUGUCAGGUGGCUAAAGCUGUGGGCUGAGGAGGUACAGCAGGCAGAAACAGAACUGAGGAUAGCACAGAGCGAGUUUGACCGGCAGGCUGAGAUCACCAGACUCCUAUUGGAGGGCAUUAGCAGCACUCAUGCUCAUCACUUGCACUGUCUCAAUGACUUUGUGGACGCACAAGCUUCUUAUUAUGCACAGUGUUAUCAAUACAUGGUCAAUCUGCAGAAACAGCUGGGAAGCUUUCCUACCACAUUCAGCUCUAAUAACAAUCAGCCAAGCGGGAGCUUCUCUGCCAGUAUCUCAGUACCAACCGCACCGGCGGCCGCCUCGCUGCCAGCUCCCCCACCCAGUCAGGCCUCACCCGCACUUAAUGAACUCCGCAGCACCUCUGGCACACGUAAGGCUCGCGUCCUGUACGACUACGACGCAGACAGCAGCAGUGAACUGUCUCUACUCGCAGAUGAGGUGAUCACCGUGACCAGCGUACCAGGCAUGGACUCCGAUUGGCUAAUGGGGCAAAGGGGCAAUCAGAAAGGCAAAGUGCCAAUUACCUACUUGGAGCUGCUCAAUUAAGAGGUGCAGAGCGGAAAACAUUUUAGAUGUGAGUUUGACAACAGUAACACUCCAGAUGUGAUCACAGGGUCAUAUGUUAAUGUAGCGCAAAGCAAUAUCAAGUCUUGUACACUGCCAUGUCUUAUUGUGUGAAUGCCUCAACUGCCACACAAGAGGCGUCAUAGUAGCCUUACAUAAACUAAAGCAGUCUCAGAUUGCCAUUACUCAGAGUUAUGUGCCAAGUGAAUUUUUUUUAUUGCUUAAACUAAUGGAUUUAGAUAUGUGCUAUGGUGCUUGAAUAAAUAUUAUAUGAACAAG